GCUUAACCCUAGUUGUGAUGUUAGCCUGUUUUCUUGGACACUCCUAGCGCUUAUCCCACUGCCCCGGUAAUUGCCUCAAGCCCCCUCAGGAAACCAUGGCCGAACAGGCCUCGGGACCCCCUCUGUCGUCCCAACAUGACGAGGUGCUCCAGCAGCGAGUGGCCGCUCUGGAGCAGGAGAGGGCUGAGUUCAUCAAACUCAAGCAGCAGCUGGAGGCCGAGUUUAACCAGAAGCGAGCCAAGUUCAAAGAGCUCUACCUGUCCAAGGAAGAGGAGCUGAAGAGGCAGAACCUGGUACUGGAGGGCGCCCAGGUUGAGCUGAGCUCCGUCCAGGCCCAGCUGUCUCAGGCCCGGGCCGAGAUUGAGACCAUCAAAGCGGUGGCCACUGUGUCGGAAAACACCAAGCAGGAGGCCAUCGACCAGGUCCGCAGCCAGUGGCAGGAGGAGGUGGCCUCACUGCAGGCCAUCAUGAAAGAAACUGUGUGCGAGUAUGAGGCCCAGUUCCACCAGCGUCUGGAGCAGGAGCGAGCCCAGUGGAACCAGUACAGGGAGGCAGUGGAGAGGGAACUGGGUGAGCUGAGACGCCGCCUCACCGAGGGCCAAGAGGAGGAAAACCUGGAGGAUGAAAUGAAAAAAGCCCAGGAGGAUGCAGAGAAGCUGCGCUCAGUGGUGAUGCCCAUGGAGCACGAGAUCGCAGCCCUGAAAGCCAAGCUGACGACAGCCGAGGACAGGGUGAAGGAGCUGGAGGCCUCUAAGGUCAAGGAGCUCAAUCAUGUUCUUGAGGCUGAGAAGUCGUGUCGUACGGACCUGGAGAUGUACGUCGCUGUGUUGAACACUCAGAAGUCAGUCCUGCAGGAAGAUGCAGAGAAACUACGGAAAGAGCUCCACGAUGUCUGUCACAAGUUGGAGUUGGAGCGGCAGCAGCACAACCAGCUGAAACACACAUGGCAGAGAGCCAACGACCAGUUCCUGGAGUCUCAGCGCCUCCUCAUGAGGGACAUGCAGAGGAUAGAGAGCGUGCUGUCUUCAGAACAGCUCCGCCAGGUGGAGGAGAUGAAGAAGAAAGACCAGGAGGAGGAUGAGAAAGAGAGGCUGAGCCAAGUGAAGGAGCUGCAUGAGGAGGAUGUGGCAGACAACACCGAGCCUCUGGAGGAUUUAUUCCUCGGGCUGAGCGUUGAGGAGCCUCAUGCCAACCACAGCGGCCAUGGCUCUAUGCACUCCUUAGACACUGACGUGGUCGCAGGCGGCCCCACGGACCCCUACAAGGAAAACCUGCGGAGAGUUCAGUCCACAGACAGCCUCGGCUCCUCGCUGUCCGUCCAGCAGGGCCUCGGCGGCCAAAACCACAAAGCCAAGUCGGCCAGCCACUUGGACGAGUCAGACUUUGGGCCCUUGGUGGGGGCCGACGGGGUGACGGACAGUAGUUUUGGUGAAACUUUAUCCAUCAGCUCCAUCAAGCUGACAGCGAGCCACUUCCUGCUGACUAAAGACCAGGAGAAGGCCAUCAAAGCCAUGACGCCUGAGCAGGAGGAGACGGCGUCACUGCUGUCCAGCAUCUCCCACGCUCCUGACACGGCCUACUUACCGCCCGCAGGUUACAGACUCGUCAGUGACAGCGAGUGGAACCUGCUGCAGCAAGAGGUGAAAAAUGCCGGCAGGAAGCUCGGCCGACGUUGUGAUAUGUGCUCCAACUACGAGAAGCAGCUGCAGGCCAUCCAAGGACAAGAGGCUGAGACACGAGAUCAGGUGAAGAAGCUGCAGGUGAUGCUACGUCAGGCCAACGAUCAGCUGGAGAGGACGAUGACCGAGAAACAGAGUUUGGAAGAUUCGGUCAAAGUAGGCAACGAGGAAACUGCAGCUAAGGUGUCCGCCCUCAUGCAGAGAGUCCAGGAGUCAGAAACGCUGCUCAGCACACUACAACAGGCCUUCAGUGAAGCAAAGAGGAACACACAGGAACAGAUGGCGGUGCUGGUGAAGUCGAGGGAGCAGGUGGCAGAUGAACUAAGCCGACUGCAGAGAGACAACGAGAGCCUGCAGGGAAAACACAGGCUGCACGUAGAACUGCAGCAACAAGAGGACUUCCAGAUGCCCAAUACUGUGCAAGAGCUACACAGCCUGGUGGUGCGGUUACGUGAGGACCUGGUGGCGUUACGGACGUCAGCUGAUCACAUGGAGGAGAAGCUGAAAGCUGAGAUUUUGUUUCUGAAGGAGCAGAACCAGGCGGAGCAGUGUCUGAAGGAGAACCUGGAGGAGACUCUGCAGCUGGAGAUCGAGGGUUGUAAGGAGGAGAUAGCCUCUUUCUCCAGUCUGAAGACGGAGCUGGAGCGAAUAAAGGCGGAGAAGGAACAGUUGCAGAGCAGUUUAACAGAGAAGACUGAGACACUGGAGAGUAUCCAGGCCCUGAGGGUCAACCUGGAGCAUCAGCUCAGAGAGCUUACCACUGCAAAGAGUGCACUAGAGAGUCAAGUGUUUGAAGAGAAAGACAAAGCUCAGCGGCUGCAAACAGAGCUGGAUGUCAGUGAGCAGGUUCAGAAAGACUUUGUCAAACUUUCUCAGACCCUUCAGGUACAGCUGGAGCGAAUACGACAGGCGGACUCCUUGGAUCGAAUCAAAGUCAUCCUCAAUGACACCAACUUGACUGACAUCAACCAGCUUCCAGAGACAUGAUACCACUGAUUGAAAACUGCCUUCAGUUUCAUUCCCCCUUCUUUCUCUUUAUCACUGGCCCCAGUAACAUUGAUCCGACCCUUCCUCCUCCUCCUCCCCCAUAACCACCACAGAGGAAGAGUUUGGAGGACAGACAUGGCAUGAGGAGCCUUUUGUGUACAUUGAGAGUCUUGGAACACACCAUGGAUAGAAUAAUGAAGAAGAACACUACUAAAAAAAUUGUAAAUAACUAAAUGUGUGACUAUGGACGGAGGGAGUCCAUCUUCCUGUGGGUCUGUCUGUGUCUUGUUUCUACUGUAGAUAUAUGACUGUCUGUAUUAGCUCAACCAAAAAAGGUUUGUCGUCUUCUUAAGCACUUUUCAUCUGCAACCUCUCUUUCCAGGUAAAUAUAGAAAACAAUUGGAUGCAUAACUUUUUCUCCCUCUUUUCUCAAAGCGGUUGAUAUUCGCUUCCCUGUUCCACUCGCUUGUUUUUCCCCGUGUUUUUGUUUCCUCGCCUUCUCUGACUAUUUUUCCUGUGACAUUUUCCACCUUGUUCACCUUGUGACAAACACGAUGAAGGAGAUUCAUGGAAAAAUACUUGCACAUAACUUAAGUUAGAUUAAAAAAAAAGGAACACAAU